CGCUGCCCUCGCCCUCGGCCCCCACCGGCGGGCACGGCGAGAUUCCAGACGCUGGGGUGGGCCGGGCCCUCUUAGCGCCCUGACAUCUGGGGGUGGGAACAGGUGAACCUGCGGCUCUCCUCCUCCCCACCUCCCCCACCGCCCGGCUGGGACCGCCGAAUCCGAGGGGACAGCCCUGCCCUUUCCAGGGCGGGCUUUGCCUGCUCCCCCAGAGGGCCCCCCCUCUCACCAUGGCCCCCAGGAGCGCCCGUGGACCCUCAGGGACCGCCUCCCACCCUGGCCGCCCGGGCCCGCCCUCAGCAUCCCGCGGGCACCCGGUGUGAAGCGGCCUCCUGCAGCCCCUCCCCCGCCCAUGGAGGAGGAGGAGGAGGAGGGGGCGGCCGCCAAGGAGUGGGGUUCGACCCCCGCGGGGCCCGUCUGGACCGCCGUGUUCGACUACGAGGCGGUGGGCGACGAGGAGCUGACGCUGCGGAGGGGCGAUCGCGUGCAGGUGCUUUCCCAAGACUGUGCGGUGUCUGGCGAUGAAGGCUGGUGGACCGGCCAGCUGCCCAGCGGCCGUGUGGGCGUCUUCCCCAGCAACUAUGUGGCCCCCGCCACACCUGCGGCGCCCGCGGGUCUGCAGCUGCCCCAGGAGAUCCCCUUCCAUGAGCUGCAGUUGGAGGAGAUCAUCGGCGUCGGGGGCUUUGGCAAAGUCUAUCGUGCCCUGUGGCAAGGCGAGGAGGUAGCCGUCAAGGCCGCCCGGCUGGACCCCGAGCGGGACCCGGCAGUGACAGCGGAGCAAGUGCGCCAGGAGGCCCGGCUUUUUGGUGCCCUGCAGCACCCCAAUAUCAUUGCCCUGAGGGGUGCCUGCCUCAGCCCCCCAAAUCUCUGCCUGGUGAUGGAAUAUGCCAGGGGAGGUGCACUCAGCAGGGUGCUGGCAGGACGUCGGGUGCCCCCUCACGUACUGGUCAACUGGGCCGUGCAGGUGGCCCGGGGCAUGAACUAUCUUCACAAUGAUGCCCCUGUGCCCAUCAUCCACCGGGACCUCAAGUCCAUCAACAUCCUGAUCCUGGAGGCCAUUGAGAACCACAACCUCGCAGACACGGUGCUCAAGAUCACGGAUUUUGGCCUCGCCCGAGAGUGGCACAAGACCACAAAAAUGAGUGCUGCCGGAACCUACGCCUGGAUGGCACCCGAGGUCAUCCGCCUUUCCCUCUUCUCCAAAAGCAGCGAUGUCUGGAGCUUCGGGGUGCUGCUGUGGGAGUUGCUGACCGGUGAGGUUCCCUACCGAGAAAUCGAUGCCCUGGCUGUGGCAUACGGCGUGGCCAUGAACAAGCUGACCCUGCCCAUCCCUUCCACGUGCCCCGAGCCCUUUGCCCGCCUCCUGGAGGAAUGCUGGGACCCUGACCCACAUGGGCGGCCAGAUUUCGGCAGCAUCUUGAAGCGGCUGGAAGUGAUCGAGCAGUCAGCCCUGUUCCAGAUGCCACUCGAGUCCUUCCACUCACUGCAGGAAGACUGGAAGCUGGAGAUUCAGCACAUGUUUGAUGACCUUCGGACCAAGGAGAAGGAGCUCCGCAGCCGGGAGGAGGAGCUGCUGCGGGCUGCACAGGAGCAGCGCUUCCAGGAGGAACAGCUGCGGAGGCGCGAGCAGGAGCUGGCCGAGCGCGAGAUGGACAUCGUGGAGCGGGAGCUGCACCUGCUCAUGUGCCAGCUGAGCCAGGAGAAGCCCAGGGUCCGCAAGCGGAGGGGCAACUUCAAGCGCAGCCGGCUGCUCAAGCUGCGGGAAGGAGGCAGCCACAUCAGCCUGCCCUCUGGGUUUGAGCAUAAGAUCACAGUGCAGGCCUCACCAACCCUGGACAAACGGAAAGGCUCAGAUGGGAACAGCCCCCCUGCCAGCCCCAGCAUCAUCCCCCGCCUGCGGGCCAUUCGCUUGACUCCUGUGGACUGUGGUGGCGGCGGCAGUGGAACCUGGGGUCGCAGUGGGCCCCCCAAGAAGGAAGAACUGGUCGGGGGCAAGAAGAAGGGCCGGACAUGGGGGCCCAGUUCCACCCUGCAGAAGGAGCGGGCCGGAGGAGAGGAGAGGCUCAAGGCCCUGGGGGAAGGAAGCAAACAGUGGUCAUCAAGUGCCCCCAACCUAGGCAAAUCCCCCAAGCACACCCCUAUCGCCCCUGGCUUCGCCAGCCUCAACGAGAUGGAGGAGUUCGCAGAGGCCGAAGGAGGCAACAGCGUGCCACCCUCCCCCUACACCCCCACGGCGUCCUCGCUGGCGGUGCCGCCCCCCGAGCCCGCCCCCCCACCGCCCUCCCCGCCCGCGCCCGCCUGCAACCCCCUGCUGGACCUGGAGCUCGAGAGCUUCAAGAAGGACCCACGCCAGUCGCUCACGCCCACCCACGUCACCGUCACACGCCCGGUGAGCCGCGGGCACCGGCGGACGCCGUCGGAUGGAGCGCUGGGCCACUGCGCGGCCGGCCCUCGAGACCCCCUGGACUUCCCUCGCCUGCCCGACCCCCAGACCCUGUUCCCCACCCGACGCCGGCCCCCCGAGUUCCCUGGCCGUCCUACCACUCUGACUUUUGCCCCGAGACCCCGGCCAGCUGCCAGCCGCCCCCGCCUGGACCCCUGGAAACUGGUCUCUUUUGGCCGAACACUUGGUAUCUCGCCUCCUAGCAGGCCAGACACUCCAGAGAGCCCUGGGCCCCCCAACAUGCAGCCCACGCUGCUGGACAUGGACAUGGAGGGGCAGAGCCAGGACAGCACCGUGCCCCUGUGCGGGGCCUACGGCUCCCACUGAGGCCUGCCCGCCACCGCCCGCCCGGGCAGCCAUGAAUGUAGCGCCCCAGGCCCCGCGGCAGCCCGUCGCACCCUGGCGGGGAGAGGCCUGCGCAGGAUACUCACUAUUUAUUGGGGAAGGGAGGAGGGGGGAGACACUUAAUUUAUUCCUUCGUACCCCAGGGGGGUGGAGCCCUGAGCCCACCCUGCCGUAGGGGGAGGGUCGGCAGGGAUUCUCAGGGACGGCAUCAUGGGGGAUUUGGCACAAAACACAGCAUUAAAGGUAACCCCUGCCCCCGA